GUCGCUCAUGGUCAUUCGUCUCUUCUCGUCUAUAGUGGGCUCCAUACUAUGGCGAUGCAAAAGGCAAUGGCAAUAAGCCCAAACUCUAUUCUAAAUGAAAUCGAAAUUUUUGAUAACGAGUCUCCCUUAUUAUCUGCAAACGAGCCGGUGCAUUAUUUGAAAGCUACAGUUGUGGAUCAAGUGACAAAGGAGGAAUUCAUCGUCAACGCAAAUAUUGCUAUUCGAAAGGAAGAUCGAGUUUUAUUCAAAUCCGGUGUUGAGGCGACCUUUCCUGGAAAUGUGGUUCGAACCGUGAGAAUCAUUGGAUUAGGAGAAACAGGAUCGCUUUCGGAAGCCAUGGCCAAGACCGUACAUACGCGUAAUGCUGGGAGGCCAAACCCCAGCAACAAAGAGGACACUUUUAAUCACAGUGGUAAAACUGCCGAGCUCGUUCUUCCAAACCGGCCAGCUCGACGAAGACGUGGAAGACCAUCAGUAAAAAGAAACAUUUUGCAAGAAAAGUCGACGAGGGCAGCCGCCCCAGCAACAUCAAGGAUAGCCGCACUGAACGAGGUUGAGUCAGUCACCCAACAGAAAAGCAAUCAGAAGAAAGCUCCAUCACCUAUUCGUAUUGAUGAGAUGAUGAAUGAGCAUAAUUCACCGAACCAGAUUAUAACACUUCAAGAAAACAGGUCCCCCAUACCUAAUCACAGCUCAACGGUAUCUCAAAGCCAGUCAAUGUAUUGUAAUACGAAUCAACAUUAUUACAACCAGCAAAACAACUGUGUGCAACAAGGAUUUGGAGAAUACAGUACACUUGCAAAUACAUCAAGCUUUGCGCAACCAAAUUUAGGGCCUGCUUACAAUCAACAGCAACAGCCACAUUUUAAUUAUUCAGGUGCUUAUGGUCGGCGGUCUCCACUAACUAUCGUCCAAAAUACUGGGAUGAUUGGACAAAACAACCACUGUACAUCAACAUCACCGCCAACUUAUUACCACCAAACAUCUCCGUAUGGUCAGAACAGAAAUUCAUCUGAAAUAAGCGGAAAUUCUCCACAGAAUUCAUUCUCCUCGCCAAAUUCUCAAAACACAUUGAAUAGCCAAAACUCGCCAUCAUCUGAUCAGUGGAAAAUCGCUGCUGGUUUCCCUACAGUUUGUAGCAGAAAAAUACAACGUUUAGUACUGAGCAAAACUCGGCAAAUCCAUGAAUAUCAGAAGGCACAAGAAGCUAACAAGAAAAUACAGUGUUCAACAUCUAGCGAACGAGAUGAGAAUAAUGAAAUUGAUGGAGAGGAGCAGGAAACAGAAAAUUCUCAGGAUCCCGAAGGAAGAAACAGAAAGAGGGCUAGAAAUGAGUACACGAAAACAAACCCUUUAGCAGCUGGAUUGAAAUUGUUUAUGAUUUUAUACUUUGGAAAACAAUUUAUUAUGGAGCAUAAUUACGAUGGAAAAGGAAAAAUUGGAUCAACAGGCUUAAGUCCAGUUGAGAAGGAGGCUGUGCAAGCUAUGAAAUAUUACAUGCAACACGUUGGAAAAACUGAGAAGAUUCCCUUCACGGAGAGAGAUUUAAAAGAAGGGCACAAUUUCAACAAAUGUUCUGCUAAUUUGAGGGUGGCAAAGAAAAGGGCUGAAGGAAAAGGCUUUACCUACGACAUACCCGACGAUUAUUACCUGAAGCAGUUUCAAUAGGGUUGCGGCUAACAUUCAUUCAUAUAAAGUUUGAUAAUAUUAUUAGUAAUUCCAGUGGCCACAGCCCAGAAUGCAAAUGAGUUUCGCAAUAUGUAAAAUAAUAAUAUUAUUAAUAAAGUUAUUGUAUAUAAAAUUAGUUGUAAUGAGAAUAAUAAUAAUGAUGAUCGUAUUGCUUAAUUUUCAACUUCAUUUAAGUGACUGUUUAAUGAUAACAUUAAUGAUGUUAAAUAUUUUACAUAAAAUUAAUUUUUAAUCAAAUAUUUCUUGUAAAUAGUACUUAA